GUGUUUCCUCCCAGGCUAAGUCCAUCUUCCGGCCUGGGCCGCCGCUGCCGCGGAAGCCUUCACUCUAGUUUUCUGAGUCGAUUGUGACCAUGGCUGCUGAAUCUGAUGUUCUGCACUUCCAAUUUGAACAGCAAGGAGAUGUGGUCUUGCAGAAAAUGAAUCUCUUGAGGCAGCAGAAUUUAUUUUGUGAUGUAUCAAUUUAUAUUAAUGACACUGAGUUCCAGGGGCACAAGGUGAUUUUGGCUGCUUGCUCCACUUUUAUGAGAGAUCAAUUUUUACUUACACAGUCAAAACAUGUCAGAAUCACCAUUUUGCAGAGUGCAGAAGUUGGCAGGAAAUUAUUACUCUCUUGCUAUACUGGAGCACUUGAAGUUAAAAGGAAAGAGCUUUUGAAAUAUUUGACUGCUGCCAGUUAUCUUCAGAUGGUUCACAUUGUGGAAAAGUGUACAGAAGCUUUGUCAAAGUAUCUGGAAAUAGAUCUUUCUAUGAAAAACAAUAACCAACACACUGACCUGUGUCAAUCUUCUGAUCCAGAUGUUAAGAAUGAAGAAGAAAAUUCUGAUAAAGACUGUGAGAUAAUUGAAAUUUUGGAAGAUAGUCCUGUAAACAUAGAUUUCCAUGUUAAAGAAGAGGAAAGCAAUGCUUUACAGUCUACUGUAGAGAGCUUGACAUCAGAGAGAAAGGAAACGAAGUCACCAGAGCUGUCUACAGUAGAUAUAGGUUUUAAAGACAAUGAAAUUUGUAUCCUCCAUGUAGAAUCUAUCACUACAGCUGGUGUAGAAAAUGGGCAGUUUUCACAGCCUUGUACCUCUUCAAAAGCCAGCAUGUAUUUCUCUGAAACACAGCAUUCAUUGAUCAAUUCUACAGUUGAGAGCAGAGUGACAGAAGUUCCUGGGAAUCAAGGUCAGGGCAUAUUUUGUGAGAAUACUGAAGGAAGUUACAGUACAGUGAAUGAAAUUCAGAAUCUGGAGGAAAGUUAUUCACUGAGGCACCAGUGCCCCAGGUGUCCUCGAGGUUUUCUUCAUGUUGAAAACUAUCUGCGCCACCUUAAGAUGCAUAAACUGUUCUUGUGCUUACAGUGCGGGAAAACAUUCACACAGAAGAAAAAUCUCAACCGGCACAUUCGAGGACACAUGGGCAUACGGCCCUUUCAGUGUACUGUGUGCUUGAAGACAUUUACUGCUAAAAGCACUCUUCAGGACCACUUGAACAUACACAGUGGGGAUCGGCCAUACAAAUGCCAUUGUUGUGAUAUGGAUUUCAAGCACAAGUCUGCUCUCAAAAAGCACUUAACUUCUGUCCAUGGCAGAAGCAGUGGUGAAAAACUAUCUAGGCCUGAUCUCAAAAGGCAAAAUCUACUAUAAUUAGAAUCACAGACUUGCUAUACAAACCUUAUAUCAUUCUAUUAGGCAAGUCUUUUAUAGAAAUCAACAUUUGUAAUAUUGCAUUCCCUUCCAUCUUUAUUUUUGUUCUUGCCUACACAUAUUCUUUCUGAGCUUCUAACAGUUCCAAAGUUGUGAGAGGCGUGAUAAAAAGCCGAUGGGAUUCUGUCUCAUCUCAUAGGUUAUAUGUAAGUCCCAGUGGUAUAGCUAGAGAAAUAGUGUUCCUCUCUUAUACAUUCUAGAUUCUAGUGAUUGAGUAUCCAGCAGUAUUUGCAGAUUUUUAUUUGGAAUCUCUAGGUAAUUGAUUUAAGUGUAAAAUCCAACCAUAUAACAACUUCAGUGAAUUUAGAUAAUAGGAAGAAAAAGUAAAUGUGAAAACAUUAUUACCUGUUACUAGUCACUAGAACAGAUGGAACUAACUGUUUUUUUUUUAACUUUUAACCAACUGCUCUUAGAUUCUAAAACUAAACACCAAGGUACCUUUUGUUUUAAACUGUAAAACAUCAAUUCAGUUUCACUUGAAGGUAGCAGAAUGUCUUUAUAUUCAGUUAGUAUUCCUUAAAGUAUUUUAUUUCCAGGUGUUAUUAAUAGAUAUAUUUUAGAAAUGAUUAAUUGGGCCCAAGUGUCUUGAUUUUAUUUAAUAUAGUUGCAUUUAAUAAUGUGGCCAGUAAAAUUAUACCAUUGGCAUGAAGCUGUGAAAAAAUUAGUUUUCUUAGAAAUUCUAACGUUACCAAAGAUAUUUGUUCUACUAUUUCCUUUUAAAAGUUUCUCUUUAUUUUAUUUUUUAGGCGUAACGUUGAAAUUUCUUUUUGGUGUAUAGUUCUAUGAGUUUUAGCACAUGUAUAGAUUUGUGUACCACCACUGCAAUCAGGAUACAGAACAGUUCCAUUACCCUCAAUGACUCUUUCAGGCUGCCUCUUUGUAGUCAGCCCAUCCUGGCUCUAAACUCUGACAACAGUUCUCCACCCCUAUAAUUUUGUCUUUUCUGGAGUGUCAUAUAAAUAGAAUCUUAUAGUAUAUUUCCUUUUGAGAUGCUUUUUUCACCCAGCAUGAAAGCCUUUGAGGUUCAUCCAUAUAUUAUGUAUCAAUAGUUCAUUCCCUUUUUAAUUUUAAAUUGACAGUAUAUAUUAGUUAUAGUGAUCAUUGGAUGGAUAAUUUCAAUAUAGGUAGCUCUUAAUGUAAUCAGUUAAAUUUUUCCAUUUUCAUUAAUGCAAUUUUCAUUCACUUUGUGUUGACAAAAAUCUUAACCAUCCCUAGAGUUUUGUUCUGUAUUUCCAGAAAAGUGCCAAAAGCAAAACCAUACUUGUAUGAUUAUUUUAGUGAGAAUAAUAUUACUAUUUCAGAUUGUGUUCUGAGCCAUAGCUCUCUAGUAUCCCUGUCUACACAUAAUACAAAGCUUUUGUGUUUUACUGUCAUAACAAAGAUUAAAAUAUAUUGCAGGGCAAAUCAUAUUCUCUAAAACACAGGAACUGCUUUUAGUAAAGAAGCCUAACUGGAUGCAUCUUACUUUCAAGCUGUUCUAUUACUCCUGUGCUUACCUUAGCUUUAUGUAGAAUUUCUACUGUACUUAAUUUCUAUUGAAGCCCUUCCAUAUUUUAAAAUGUAAUAUACUUUGUACCAUUUAUAAGAAUUUUGUGAAGAAUCACAUGCUCAUUAUUAUAAAUGUUAAAUAUCCUUUUUGUGAUACUUUUGUGUGAAAGAUAUUCUCCAUAGAAUUUUAACUCUGAUGGAGACUUUGAAGAAUAUCCAGAUAAUCAUAUUUAAUGAGAAAACCAACUUUAUAACCCAGGUUACUAGUUAGUGACAUUGGGCAAGUCUCCUCUCCUUGAACUUUUUAAAAAAUUUAUAUGUAAAAUAACUUUGAUCUUGAUCAUUUGUAAGAUCAUUUCCAGGUCUAAAAUUCUAAUUUUAUAUUUAAUUCUUCCUGAGAACAGAGAAGAGGGGAAAGCAAAAGAAGAGAGUUUUGUGUCUUCAUGAACUUUGUUAUUUGAGUACUCGAUUGGAGACAGAAUUUUUCUAAAGUAUUAAUAAAUAGUGGGUUUGUACCCACUGGAAAAUAUAGCUCAGUGCUUAAUUUUCUUUCCCACUUGACAUAAGAUUGGCCAUUUGUAGGUGAGAAAAUAUUUUCUUUUCAGAAAUAGUUUACUUGUGAUUGAAGUACUUUUCUUAUUUUUGCUUCCUAGGAUGAAACAGGGGGUGGGGGGAAUGUGCAUAGAAGGAGAGGGUAAAAAAAUGGUAAUAAACUGAUUUUUUAGGAAUUGGUAUCUACUAUCUUGGAUGUUUGAAAAUCAGUUUGGUUGAAACCAUGUUUAAGUUUUAUGUGUGCCUUGUAAGAUUGUUGUAAAAAUUUUUUGUGAGCACUUUGAGAUUUUUGCUGGGGGUAGGGGUGUUUUGUGUGAAAGUGAUGGUUAUAAUUUAUUUUAUUUAUUCCUGUUCAGUAGCACAGAGUGAUCUCAAAACAUUCCUAGGAGAGUAUCUGUUUGCAUGAUGUGUCAGUAAAACUUCAUGAAAAUGGAAUCUUUUUAAAAGUGCAGGUAUGACAAAGUAAAGUGUAGAAUUUAUUCAUUUAAAAUAUUCACUUUUAGUUGUUUGUGUUUCUGAUAGGACACAAAAAUGCAGUGGUUGAAUUCAGCCUCUUAAUUUACUGCAUUUAUGUAUAAAAGACCUUGAAAAGGUAGUUGUUGGUUUGUUGUAAGAGAAAAUCCUUACCCUUUUUGUGGGAUGUAACUAUCUUACAUGUUUACAUAAGAAAUAAUAAACUGGAGGUGGGAAUGGA